AUGUUAACUAAACUCAAAGAAAGAGAUUUAGAUUUAAAGAAAAUAUCACAAAUUAAAUUUUUAAAGACUCUUUCAAAACGCCGUUCCCAUAUUGAUUGUGCUUCAAUGCAAGAAGUUAGACGGAUCGCUUUUAACAGUUACUAUGAAAAAAUAUUAUCUAGACAAUGUGUAAAUUUAACUUCAUACUCGAAAGAACUAUACAAUGAAGAGGAUGAAGACAUCACUUUAUUAAAAGAGAAAUUGAUAACUAUGGAGCAAACGUAUUCACAGAUUCAAACUGAAGCAUCAGUCAAGAAGAAUUUAGGAAAAACAAGCAAAGAAAAACUUACAAAACACCGCAAAACUGAUAAAAAGCAAAAAUCACCACAAUCAAGUGAAGAUCUUUCUUUUGUAAAACCCCAAGAGACGAUUAAAUUGCCGAUAAUUACUGAUAAUAAAGAGUCGGAUUUACUUCUUAAUCAAAGAACAAAUGGGUUUUUUCCAAAAGUUAUUCUACUUGAAAGUGGACGUUCAAAGUAUGGCUGGGCGCCUAACUCUUUACUUCUUGGCAAAUAUUAUUCAGGAUUAACUCACUCAGGAGUAGAUGAUAAAAGAAAUGUUAAUGAAGUCAAUUGGGCUGACGUUGAAGCAAGAUUAGCUAGGUCGACUAUUAACGGAUUGGAAAGUACACUAACUUCGAACUCGAGUAUAGGUUGGAUAGUAGAAUCAGACAAAGAAUUAACAAUGUUCAGUAAAGAAAUGAGUGACGGAGAUAUAACCGAUGAGAAUAGAGAUAAAAAGUUGCUUGCAAGUAGAUUCCAGGAUAUAAGCAACUCAAUGAAUCCUUUAUUUAGUAUAUCAACGUUACAAAAUGAGAUAAGUACUGAAAUCGAACAAAGUCAAAUGUCUGUAACUGAAAAGUCAACACCAUCGUCAAAAAAACGUGAAGCACUAGCCAAAAGUGAUCUUAAGCAAUCUUAUUUGAAGGAAACAGAUUUACUGUCUAAUUUAAUUGAAAGACAAGCGCCUGGUCGUCCAAAAUAUGAACGAGAAAAUACUAUUUUCUUGACAGAAUUCAGAAAUACAGAUUCUCCAGGGAAAAUCGACAUAUUUGUACUGCCUGAGUUCUUGCAAUGCUUUAGAAAUUCUAGAUGGCUUUCUAUUAUGGGAUUACUAAAUGGUCAAGAACCUGAAGGAUGGUCUGAUUUUAAUGCAGGUUCUAACGUUGACUGCUUUAUUCAGUGGCUGUUUUGGACAAAUAUUAUACCAAAACUAUGCUCACAAGCAACUUCACCAUCUACAGAGGAUGAAGAUCCGUAUCUUUGUCAGACUAUUUCCCAAUUUUGUACAGAUUUUAAAACACUUUACACAGAUCAUCAGUUAUCUGACAAGUACAUUCCCGAAUUACAUCAUUGCCUGACAGGAUGCAUAAUAAAUGAAUUAGGAAAAACAGUAGAAUUCAAAAGAUGGAAAAUGUUGGAAGCAGUGAGCACACUUUUGAUUACACUUGGUUUCCACGAUACUGAUACAGUGGUUAUCUUACUAGUUUUGUAUGUGAAAGUUCUACUAAACACCGAGAAAAAUGAUCCACAGGUUCCCGAAGAAAUUAAAAAUGCUAAUUUAACACACUAUAUUCAUCGUUCAUUACAGUCACUUGGAUUUCAAAUUAAAUAUUGCAGUUACCUUGAAGAAGAGUUAAGUAAACUAGGAAAUAUCGAAAGAAAUCUGAAAAUCACUCCACCAAAAAAAGUAAUCCAUCUACAUGAUUGUAUUCAUUUGGUGGAGAACAUUGAAACAUUAAACUGUUGGAUUAAAUUUUACAGAUUAUUAUCUGUGUGGCUUGAGAAUUGGUUCAGACAAAGCAGUGAAAUAGCAUCAAAGAAUAAAUCUUCCAAACUUGGAAAUCAAUUAAAAAGUAUUCUACAUGCAACAAAUAAUUCAGCGACUAAAAUUAAAUCUAUAAAUAGAGAAGUGAAAUGGUCAAAAAAUACCAAUGAGUUUCGCGAAGAAUUUAUUACAAGUGAUGGUAUACAAGCUUUAAAUACAUUUGUUAAUUGGUGUCAUGAACAAAGAUUACUGAAAUUACGUGAACAAGCUAAAGUAGAACAAUUACAUAUUGAUAAAUUGAAACAACAGUUUAAUGAAACUGUCAUUCAAAUGAAAAAUGUUAACAAUAACGAUGAUGUUCAACAGCAUAAAGUGGUUAUGCUAUUACCACCAUUGAAUGAAUUAGAAAGAUGUGUUGUACGUUUAGGUGAAUCACAUGUAACUGAAAGACGUAAAUGUUGUAAAACAAAGAAUAUUCUUCAACCAUGGAUUAAUAAUGUACAACAAACAAAACAUGGAGAUAUUAUGAAAAGUCAAAGUUUACGCGAUCCAACUCAACCUUCAUAUGCCCAACCAUGGAUAUCAUAUAAAAAUGCAUUAACAGGACAUUUCCCACCAAAAAUACACAUAAAACCAACAGAAUGUAAUAUUUUACCAUUUGAUAAACAUCAACCUUUUAAAGAAACUUUAAAACAAAAGCUUUCAGAAAUUGAAAAACUACAAAUGAAUGUAACUAAUUCAAAGAAACGAAAUAUUUCAAAACAUAUUAUACCUUGCGUUAUCAAUGAAAUGGAUAGUAAAGAUUUAGACAAUUAUCACAAAUUCUUAUGUUCACUAAUUUAUGAUGAAGAGAAAAGAUCGAAUUCAGUAGUACAUUGGUUCAUACCAAUAAUGUCGUCAUGUAUACUACCUUUACCCAUGAAACAAAGGAAAUUACCUCAUAUCAAAUUACCACAUUUAUUUUUAAAUUUACCUUAUGAAAAAGUAGAACAUGAUGGUGAUGACUAUGGGGAAGAAGAACGUGAGAUGCUAGCUAAAAAUUCUUUUCGUAUUUCAGAUGAUUUAUCAACUGAAUUCAUGUUAACCCCAUAG